AUGGUGAUAAGGGUCUGUGUAAUUGGAGCGGGGGUGAGCGGGCUGCCCUCGAUCAAGGCUUGUGUCGAAGAGGGCCUAGAUGUAGUUUGUUACGAACGGACUUCAGAUAUUGGGGGCCUCUGGAAUUAUCGGCCAGAUCUACCCAGUGUAAGUCCUUUUAACGUCAAUCAAUGAAAAUUAGUAUAGUAUGACUUUAGCCUAAAUUUUUAGGAUGGAGGUACGGUAAUGAAGUCUACAGUGGUCAACACGUCCAAGGAGAUGAUGUCCUACUCCGAUUUCCCACCUCCGGAAGAUUAUCCCAACUUCAUGCAUCACAGUUUAGUCAUGGAUUAUUAUAGAGAUUACGCAGCAAAGUUUGAUCUUCUAAAAUAUAUUAAAUUCAAUACGGAUGUGAAACAGGUCUAUCGGAAUACAAGUGGAAAGAAUUGGACAGUGGAACUGGCGAACGGAGGCAAGGAAUUGUUUGAUAGGUUGAUGCUGUGCACCGGACAUCAUUCGAUCCCCCAAUAUCCUCAAUUUAAAGGUAAAUUUAAUCUGCUCACACUUAAUAGAGAUAUUCGAUUUAAUUUCUAGAUCUAAACAAGUUCAAAGGCCGAAUUAUUCAUGCCAAAGAGUACCGCGACUUCAAAGGAUUCGAAGAUAAAAAUGUUUUCUUGGUGGGAAUCGGAAACUCAGCCUUGGAUAUAGCUGUUGAAUUGGCCAAAGUCGCCAAGAAAGUUACGAUCUCAACUCGUCGGGGAUCCUGGAUUUUCAAUCGAGUUGGCCAAGCCGGUAUGCCCUAUGACGUGGUCUUCCAAAGUCGGCUGUAUUACUGGCUGAUGAACAUUCUCCCAUGGAGUGUGGCCAAUGAUUUUAUGGAGCAUCGACUACAACAACGGAUGGAUCAUGAUUUGUAUGGCCUCAGGCCGGCUCAUCGCUUCUUCCAGCAACAUCCAACUGUCAACGAUUCCUUGGCCAAUAUGUUAUGCAGUGGGAUGAUUACUGUAACUGUAAGCACUGAUUCGAAUAUCUAUUUUUAUGAUGAUUUAGGAGGAUGUAGAGUCGUUUGAAGCCAAUGGGGUGAUCGUGAAGAACGGGAAGAGAUUUGAUGCGGAUAUUAUUAUUCUUUGCACGGGUUACACAUUCGGGUUUCCUUAUCUGACCCCCAAAAACAUGAUUCCAGUCAAUGUGAGUUACUGUAGAUUUUUUAUAAAGUUUCCAGGAUCAUGAAGUCGAUCUUUACAAGUUUGUUUUCCCUCCAAAUGCUGCUGAUCUAGCUGUUAUCGGGCUAAUCCAGCCAAUCGGAAGUCUGGCGCCGAUCUCUGAAAUUCAAGUAAGUUUUCGAUAUGCGUUCGUAUGACACCCAUAACAGUUACAUAGUACAAAAAUAUUACUAUAAAUGUGGUUGCAGGCCCGAUGGGUAGCUCGAGUGUAUGCUGGGAAAUGUUCUUUGCCAUCAACGUUCACCCGAAAAGCUGAUAUUGAACAUAAGAAGAGGCUAAUGCAGAGGAGAUACUUCAAAAGUAACAAACACACUCUUCAAGUGGACUUUGUCCCUUAUAUGGAUGAGAUCGCAGAACUUGUUGGUUGUAAGCCAGAUCUUCAAAAGGUAAGCCGUCUUCUUUUAAACCCCAAUUUUCUACUUUUUUAUUAAAACUUUUUUUCAUUUUUCAGAUAUUUUUAACGGAUUUCCGCUUCUUUUUGCGAUUAUUUUUGGGCGGUAAUCUCCCCUACAUUUAUCGACUGGUCGGUCCCAAUUCAUGGCCUGAGGCAAGAGAGGCUAUUUGGACCGCACCUUUGAGAGUUAAAAAACCGUUGAAAAACAGACAAUGCAAAACAAGGAGACAUAAGAGAAGAGGCGCUUUGGUGAGCUACAUAAUGCUACUCUAACUACUGUUAUUUUCAUUUUUUACAGAAAUUAUUUUUAUUUUUUAGGACGAAUACUUCCGUUACAUCUCCCUCAAAUGGAUCGCCUUCUACUCGGUUUUGAUCCUUUGUGCCGGUUUUUGGACCUUCUGUUCAGGAAGUUUUGCAAUCUCUCCAAUUAACUACUUUGCUCAAGUUUUUAUUUUCAUCUUUAUCUUCUCAUUUAUGUUGUUAUGGUUCGAUCUACAGUACGACAUGAGUACAAUUUUUUGA